AUGUUCCACGUAGCCUUGGACAACCAACGUGAAAACCAGCCAUCCACAAGCCGAAAUGUUGCACCAGUCAUUAUCGUACCGUAUUUCCCACUUGGACUGGCAGUAUCACCAGAAGAGAGAACGCAGUUUAACUUUAGUUUGUUUCUGUAUGACAGCUUGCGUUUGCCCAAUGGGCUUUUCCCUGAUGAUGCAGCUGGAGAAGUGGUAUUUGAAGACCUGCCGACAUGCAGAGAGUAUUGUUCACGCUAUGUACAGAAAAGAGAGGAAUGGUGCGGAAGAGAGCAGGUAGAGUCAGACCACUCGCAAGAAAGAAGAAAUGAACUGUCCAAGGAGGAUAUGUUUCUAACCGCAGGAGAACCCUUGGAUGUAACCCUGAAAUAUGGCAACGAAGCAUUUGACCGCAACUUGAACUUAGUACGCCUUGACCUCUUUGGGAAUGUCAUGAUCUUGAAUGCGCCCCACUGGAGCGAUGUCGCUGCACAGUUCACACAUGGUUUCCCUCGUCGUCUUAUCAUUGACAGCCAUCGUGGAAUCUUGCCUGGCAACAUCACUGUGGCAGCACGCAUUUCAAACCAAGCAAUUCGAAGUUUGUCCCCAGGUAACUGAGAAAAAUGAUAGUAAUGAAUAUUAACCCUUUAAGUGCCAAUAGUGACCAACAUCAAUUUUCUCCUAACAAUAUCCAUAGAUUGUCAAGUGCAGUCUAAGAGAAUUAAUAAAAUGAUCACAAAGAGAAAAAUCUUUGAUCUUUCAUCAAAUUCUCUCAACUAAUUUCUUAAGGAAAUGUAUGGAGAUCAGUCUGGAGAAUUUGUAUGUAGAUAUUGGGGCUUAAAGGGUUAAUAAUACAGCACUAUGAUGAAAACAUGUUUUAACAAUUUUUUCUUCAAAAAACUCCUAAUUUUCUCCUAACAAUAUCCAUAGAUUGUCAAGUGCAGUCUAAGAGAAUUAAUAAAAUGAUCACAAAGAGAAAAAUCUUUGAUCUUUCAUCCAAUUCUCUCAACUAAUUUCUUAAGGAAAUGUAAUGGAGAUCAGUCUGGAGAAUUUGUAUGUAGAUAUUGGGGCUUAAAGGGUUAAUAAUACAGCACUAUGAUGAAAACAUGUUUUAACAAUUUUUUUCUUCAAAAACUCCUAAUUUUCUCCUAACAAUAUCCAUAGAUUGUCAAGUGCAGUCUAAGAGAAUUAAUAAAAUGAUCACAAAAGAAAAAUCUUUGAUCUUUCAUCCAAUUCUCUCAACUAAUUUCUUAAGGAAAUGUAUGGAGAUCAGUCUGGAGAAUUUGUAUGUAGAUAUUGGGGCUUAAAGGGUUAAUAAUACAGCACUAUGAUGAAAACAUGUUUUAACAAUUUUUUCUUCAAAAAACUCCUAAUUUUCUCCUAACAAUAUCCAUAGAUUGUCAAGUGCAGUCUAAGAGAAUUAAUAAAAUGAUCACAAAGAGAAAAAUCUUUGAUCUUUCAUCCAAUUCUCUCAACUAAUUUCUUAAGGAAAUGUAUGGAGAUCAGUCUGGAGAAUUUGUAUGUAGAUAUUGGGGCUUAAAGGGUUAAUAAUACAGCACUAUGAUGAAAACAUGUUUUAACAAUUUUUUCUUCAAAAAACUCCUAAUUUUCUCCUAACAAUAUCCAUAGAUUGUCAAGUGCAGUCUAAGAGAAUUAAUAAAAUGAUCACAAAGAGAAAAAUCUUUGAUCUUUCAUCCAAUUCUCUCAACUAAUUUCUUAAGGAAAUGUAUGGAGAUCAGUCUGGAGAAUUUGUAUGUAGAUAUUGGGGCUUAAAGGGUUAAUAAUACAGCACUAUGAUGAAAACAUGUUUUAACAAUUUUUUCUUCAAAAAACUCCUGGAUGUAGCAUGGGCAUAGUAUUUCAUUGUAUUGCAUGUCUUCAGCAAUAGCCCUUCACGAGAACAAAAUAAUCACUUUGUACAAAAGGUAAUCAGAGGUACUGCAUUGAAAACACAAGAUGUAAUAACUGAGGUGAAUUACUGAGGAAUCCCAAGUUUGAUUUUUCUUUGGUGCUAGCAGAGUUGUCAUUAUUACCUUUGACAUUGACUCUUGCAGGUGACAUAGCUGCUUUCACCUCCAAAAAAAUGAUGCAAGGUUUGGGAUUGACCACAACAGAGCUGAUGCUUGCACGAGCUAUGGCAAUCAGAUAUGCAGGAAAAAGAGACAAACCUGUACGUCUAAUUGACAUGAUGGCACGCUUUGGAGUUGACUUCCUCACUAUAACACCACUGGUAUCAGAACAAGUACAAGGGCUCCGACAGGCAAGUUCUUCACACUGGAGGCGUAUGCUAGCUUCUGCUUCAGACGACAACUACAGCAGUUCAGAUGAAUCGGAGCUUUCUGUUAGCUGGGAUGCUGCAGACGAAAGAGAGUCACUUCCCUCACAAGGGACAUCAGAAUACAGCUCAUCAGUGACAAGACAUGUAGAAAAUCUGCUGCAGUGCUAUGUGUCUGUGUCCACAUCUACGCAGACAACAACUCAGGUAGGGUCUCUCGUGAUUAAGAGUAAGUCAGUCCAUAUCCGAUCCCCGGUAAAUAGAAGGGUUAGAUAUAGAUGGUUUUCAUAGUGACGUCAUCAAAUUGUAAGGUCAAAAUAGCAAGGUUUGACGAAUUUCUCAUUUACACUAGGUGGAAGACAAACAAAAAGUACAUCGUUGUACAAGUUUCCAUUCCUGUAGCAUGUUUCAUUUUGAAAGUACAGCAAUUUGAACUUCUGAGUUUUCACAGUCUGUGACACCAAAAUAGGAAUGCUGUCUCGUUGGAAAAAGUCUCUCCUCUUGAUUUUCAGCUGUAUAACCAUUUCAAGUAUUACGUGCGCGAAACGUUUCGGCAAAUAACUCAGAAACUUUGGGCCACAAAGACCUGAGACUUGGAUAAAUUGAAAAGUUUAUACUGUACAUAGUUUUUCUUAAUUUUAAUUAAUUUAUUAAUUGAUUUAUUUUUUAAAUUUAUUUUAGUGUCCCCACUUAGUGGUUAUAUACCGCUAUUACAGUUUUGACACUUUAAUAAAGGUAUCAUCAUCAUCAUCAAAAAUUAGUCUUUUAAAACAUUUCAUUUUCUUGGUUUCUUCCACUGGACGGUUUCCAAUUUAUUUUUUUGUUGCGUGACAGUGAAGACGAUCUAUAUCUUGUUAGUUCUCUAAAACAAAGGUCUUGGAUGAUGAAAAUGAUCGUAAAAUUAGUGUAUUAUGGUUAUAACAGGCACUGCAAGUUACAGCGGAAGCAACACGCAGAGCCAGUGGCAGUUCUGGGAUGGUACGAAAAAGAAAGCAGAAAACUCCCAGACGUGUUGUACCCAGGACUGAAGAAUCCCAGGUUCCUGUGGAAACACCGACUGCCGACAACCAAAGACAGAGGGAUGAAGAACCACGGCCGCAAGCACCAACCAGCCCCCGCGAGCGUCUGCUAGCACUACCAGGAAUUGUAGCAACACGUAUCCCCAACACCGAGUCAUUGAACAGGCUUCAAAAAUUCCUGCGGGAGAACCAACCUUGCAACCCACAGCAGGUGAACUAAAAUUAAAAAACAUUAAAAAACUGCACAUUGAUUGACAAAAUGAUUUGAUAGGUGCUAACUUCAAAAAUAUUAGAUUGGCAUUUGCUCAUGGUAUGCAUAAUUUUUAAUUUGCAUCCUAUUUCCUGUGAAAACAAAUCAUCUUGAGAUGUAUUUAUAACAGGUAAAAGUUAAAUUUAGGUCAAAAUGUUUCUACCUAGGCUGAUUUUCGAUUUUCCUUUGUUCAUAGCCCUAAUUCAUGAAUAAUUUGGGCUGGGAGACAAAGGAAAUUGAGAGUCAAUCUGAACUGUUAAAGAGACAAGGAAAAUUGAGAAUGAACCUAGGUAAAAAAAUUUUCACCUGAUUUUGAUUUUUUUAAAUUUUCACUACUUGUACUUGUAAAGCACUUUUUAUUAUUUUUCAUUUACUUCAUUGAUGCAAAGCACCCAGUGGAAAUAGUAGGAUUGGAGACUUCUUAGUGCUUUAAAGUCGGGUAAAUGCAUUGACAGUACUUUCUGAAGAAUGAACUUGAAAUUCCCCAUUCUGAAGAGCUUUAAUUGUGUACUUCAACAGUUUAGAAUUCAACAAAAUUAAUUCAAUCCAACUCACCUGUUACUCUUUUUUUUUCCCUAGGUAGAAGAGGCAAGAUCUUCAGACACACAAACUUUGGGGGAGGCUAGACAAACUGUAGCUCUUCGGGUAUACACAGAUGAACGUGAAGAAAUAGUGCGGCAGCGAGUGUGUGAUGUUUGGACAGCUUCUCGGUUGGACUGCACCUGCCUUGGAGAGCCAGUCACAAGAGAAUCACAGGAUGAAGGAGACCAAAAUUGCCCAUACUGUCUAUGCCAGGAAGAAGGGGGAGAUAUCGCCAAUGUGAGAGGCAAAUGUAGGAAUGAAACCUGUGCUGUUUGUAUGCUGAUGAAUAAGCUGGACCAACGCACAAUGACUGCACUUGGCUUAAAACGCAAUGAACGCCUGACUGCCAUGCUAGAAUUGGCACCCUUUAUCACAGAAUGUUUGAACACUGGAGACCUCCCUGAAGAUAGAAGGAUUCAACUUUCCAGGGCCUUUUCAGACAUACUAAGUUGUAGCACAACCAGACUGCGAUAUGUUGCAAAGACUGGCAUGCUAAUCAUGCUCUGUCCACGGCUACGACACCUACUGUUGCAGAAAGGUUGGGGCGAUGUCUGGUGUAACCUGUCUAAGAUAGCUAGUGCAAUUGGUCAUCACAACGAUCACCGCAGCCAAAUUGCAGCUCUGAUGUUCAUCCGUCGCAGGUGCAUACCAGACACCAAUAGCAAAUGGCUGUGGUUUCUCCAGUCAGAAGAUCACGCUGAAGAAGAAGAAAUUGACAGGAGUGUGUUCCAAUAA